AUGAAGUCAACAACAUUAAUUGCCCUCGCGGCUUCACUACUACCCACGGAGGGACUCGUACUCAGGAAGAGCGAAAGCAGCGCACCAAGGGUGGUUGGAUUGGACCUGCACCGCGCGACAAUACCGUACACACGCAACAAGAGGGACAUGUUGAGGAAGAGAGGUUCAGUGCAAGCGACUUUGGACAAUUUGGAAACUUUGUAUUUUGUGAACGGCUCUCUCGGAACACCAGCACAGCCUAUGCGACUUCACCUCGACACCGGAAGUAGUGAUCUCUGGGUUAACACUGCAAGUUCGGCUCUUUGCAAAGGUCAAGGCACGCCAUGCUCCGUGUCCGGUACCUACUCGGCCAACGAUUCGUCAACCUACAACUACGUCGGAAGCUGGUUCAACAUUAGUUAUGUCGACGGCUCGGGAGCGACUGGAGAUUACGUGACGGAUAAGUUCACCAUUGGCGGAUCUACUUUGACCGACUUCCAGUUCGGUGUCGGCUACACGAGUUCAUCCGCGCAAGGCAUCCUAGGAGUCGGAUACAAGGUCAACGAAGUGCAGGUUGGGCGUGCCGGUUUGGCCUCCUACGACAACCUGCCCGCCAAGAUGGUCUCUCAGGGCCUCAUCCAAUCCAGCGCCUUCAGCUUGUGGCUGAAUGAUCUGGACGCGAGCCAGGGAAACAUUCUUUUCGGCGGAGUCGACACGGAGCGUUUCGAAGGCGAGCUCAAGACCGUACCCAUCCAGAAGGAGUCUGGCAGCUACGCCGAGUUCCUCAUCACCCUGACAAAGGUGACGCUCGGCUCAAAGACGUUGGACGAAAACAUGGCCCUGGCCGUCCUGCUCGACUCGGGUUCCAGUCUCACGUAUCUCCCCGACGACAUGACCACGACAAUCUACUCCAUGGUGGGCGCCGUCUACCAGCAAGAAGAGGGCGUCGCCUUCAUCCCCUGCUCCACGGCCAACUCGGGCUCCAACAUGACCUUCACCUUCUCGGGCCAGCCCAUCACGGUACCCAUCGACGAGCUCGUGCUCGACCUCGUCGCCAUCACCGGCAAGCGCACGUCCUUCUCCAACGGCGUCGAGGCCUGCCUCUUUGGCAUCGCGCCCGCCGGCGACGGCACAAACGUCCUCGGCGACACGUUCCUGCGCUCGGCGUACGUGGUCUACGACAUUGACAACAACGAGGUCUCGUUGGCGCAGACCAAGUUCAACGCCACGAGCACGAAUGUUCUCGAGAUUGGCAAGGGCAGCAGCGCCGUGCCGUCUGCCGUCGCCGUCGCGAGCCCCGUGUCCGCCACGGACGGCAUCGUCCGUGGAGGAAAGAAUGCCGCGCCGUCGUUGGCGCCACUGGCGGCGUCCAUCUUUGCGGGGUCCGUUGCCUUUGCGACUGGGUUCUCGCUCUACCUUUUCUAA